AUGAGAAAUGCUUAUGAGUAUAUUCAUAUUAAAUAUUUUUAGUUAAUCAUAAUGUUAAUAAGUUCUUAAAGUUUACAAUAAUUCAUAAUGGAUGUUAAAUUAAAACAAUUAUUUCCUUGAGUAUGAUAUCCCAAUUUUUAAUAAGAUCCCUAAUACAAAAAAAAUUCAAACUAAACCUAAAGAAAAUAUUUUUAAUCAUAAAACUAAUUAUAAAGACAAAAAUAUUGUAGAAAUAUAUGAUUCAAAUACAACUCCUUUAUAUUGUAUAGAUUGGCUAAAAUGUAAAUAUAUGAAUGAAGUAUAUAUUAUUAUUUGAUUUAGGAUUUUGAUCACUUAAAAAAGUAAUACGAAAAGUUAUUAUUAAUAAAGCCUGAAUAAUAUAUAGAUUAUCAAAUUGAAAAAGAUCUUAAAAGAACCUUACUGGCAGAAAAUAAAAUCAAAGAGAUUAAAAAUAUUUUAUUAGCUUAUUCUAUCUUUGAUCCAUCAAUAGGAUAUAUUUAAGGAAUGAAUUAUAUAGUUUCUGUUUUAUAUAGCCAUGCAAAAUAGGAGUGGAUAGGAUUUUGGUUAUUUGUUUUAUUGAUUGAAUAAUUGGAAAUAAGGGAUAUGUAUUAAAUGUCUCAAAAUUCUUUAAAUAAAUAUUCUUAAAUAUUAGAUUUCUACAUUUGUAGAUGUUAAUAUAAAUUGUAUAUAAACCUUAAGGAUAAAUAAGUACAAACUUAAUUAUACAUUUAAUAAUGGAUUUUAAGUUUAUUAUUGCAAUAGAUACCAUUUGAAUAUUCAUAGAUGUAUCUAAAUGGAUUAUUCAAUAAAGGUUUAUCCUAUUUUUAUACAGUUGCAGUCACAUUUAUAAAAAUGUUUGAAUAAACUAUCAUUGAAGAAGAAUAGAUAGAAAUAUUGAUGAUCCUUACAUAAAAACAAAAUGUAUUAAAUUAUAAAAUGUAGAAAUUGUUAAAUUGGCCAUUUAUUCUAUCUAUUGAUUGGGAUAUUGAGAAAUAGGAUAUUAGAGUCAUAAUUGAGAGUUUUGAUAGUGAAUAAAACAUAUUUUAGAUAUCAAGAUUGCAGACUCAUUAAUCAUAAUAAAUCACUCAUUUUAUUUAAUUUAUAAAAUAAUGA